UAUCUGUGCUGAACGCAAAACGUUGGGAGAAAACGUGGAAAAGUUGGCGCUGUCUCUGAUCCAAUUGCACCUCACCAAGACUUCAUCUGUUCUCAAGAAGAGGUGAAAAAAAAAGAAAAGAAGGGUGAGAGCUCUUCCAACGCGAUCUGAACCUGCCGUCUGGCUUGGAUUAUUUCUGCUGUGGUUGCCAGCUCCCGGGGAAUAUUUUUAUAUGGCACACGCUAAUAUCCGGGCAGAUACAUGAUAUCCGUCCGCGCAUCGGAGCUCUACGUUUGCCCAACUAUCAGUUCUUCACACUCAUUUCAUACAAUACAGAAUUGUGUUUUCUUAUCAUUGCUGCCGGACGCAUCCAAAUAUGUUUGGCAUAAGUGAAGCUCUUGGGUCGCCCCGGAUCCUCUCCAGAUCUGCCGCUGUUCCCGGUCGCUCAGGAUUAAGACAUAUAAUCAGAAACGGUACAUGUUCACCCUGCGGUACUCGCGCGUCCUCGCGGUUGUCUUGUGCGUUCAUAUUCCUCCUGCUCAUCCUCACGCCGCGGGUGGAUUCGUCCUGGUGGUAUAUUGGCGCACUUGGGGCCCGUGUAAUCUGUGACAAUAUACCUGGGCUGGUGAAUAAGCAGAGACAGCUGUGUCAGAGGUAUCCAGACAUCAUGCAGUCCAUUGGGGGCGGAGCUAAGGAGUGGAUCCGAGAGUGCCAGCAUCAGUUCCGUCAUCAUCGCUGGAACUGCAGCGCGUUGGACAGAGAUCAUACUGUUUUUGGGAGAGUCAUGCAGCGCAGCAGUCGAGAGGCGGCGUUUGUGUACGCCAUCUCCUCGGCAGGAGUGGUUUUCGCCAUUACCCGUGCAUGCAGUCAGGGGGAGCUGAAGACGUGCAACUGUGACCCGCACAAGCGUGGCCGGUACAGAGAUGAGCGAGGAGAAUUCGACUGGGGUGGAUGCAGUGAUAACAUUAACUAUGGCAUAAAGUUCGCUAAAGCCUUCGUAGAUGCCAAAGAGCGGACGGUGAAGGACGCACGUGCACUCAUGAAUCUUCACAACAACCGCUGUGGGAGAAUGGCAGUAAAGCGCUUUAUGAAGUUGGAGUGUAAGUGUCAUGGAGUCAGUGGGUCAUGUACUCUAAGAACCUGUUGGUUGGCAAUGUCAGAUUUUCGCAAAACAGGAGAUUUCCUCCGCAAGAAAUACAACGGUGCCAUCGAAGUCAUCGUGAAUCAAGACAAAACAGGAUUCACAGUUGCAAAUAAAGACUUUAGGAAAGCCACCAAAAAUGACCUGGUGUACUUUGAGAACUCCCCCGAUUACUGCCUCGUGGACAAAGCUGCAGGUUCAUUGGGUACCGCCGGUCGGGUCUGUAACAAGACAUCCCGGGGGACCGACAGCUGCGAGGUCAUGUGUUGUGGGCGGGGCUACGACACCACACGAGUGAAACGCAUCACAAAGUGCGAGUGCAAGUUUAAGUGGUGUUGCGCUGUAGAGUGUAAAGACUGCGAGGAGGCCGUCGACAUCCACACCUGCAAAGCCCCUAAACGUGCCGAAUGGCUGGACCAGACCUGAGACUCACCCCUUCCUCCCCUUCCUCAGGAUUUUGUCCACGGCAUUCUAUGAUAUGAAGCCCACACCUUGCAAUCUUUCUCCCCCAGUCCCACUUAUUCGUUGCAUGGCUUUAUUUGAAAUGUUUUUGUGAAAGCACUACAAAUGAAAUCCACAUUUCCCAUGAGCGCCUUGCACACUAUGCCCGAUAUGGCAGAUUUGUCUUUCUCUCUUCCUCUUUGUUUGUUUGUUUUGAAUUGAUCAAAGGACGUUAAAGCUUCUGUGUGUAGUUUUUUGUGUAUUGAUAUGAGAAUUUGUUCUACGAGUGUUGUCAAAAGGUGUGCUGCUUUUAAAAUGACUCUGAGCCUAUCAGAUAUUAUCAAUAGCUAAAUAUACAUCACACUCAACUGUGUACUAAACAUGCAUCACAUGCCCAUACGGUAUUUUACUUUGACUCAUCGUUGAUGAAUAUUACAGAAUGUAUGAUGAUAUUCACAGGAGCUCAAGAGGACAGAAUGGAUGGCCACUGGAUGUGUGGACUGCUCACUUUCUAUGGACCCUAUCAGAAAGCUUCUUAAGAAGCUCCAGAGGAUUUUGAAAAGGCUAGACAUAAUAUUAAUAAUAUAAUUGAGCCUGCACUAAGGACAUUAGCUAUCAGUUGAGCGAAAAAUGAUUGUGUUGUGAUUAAACUCAUUACCUGUGUAAACAUGACGGUAUUAACAGCUGUGACUGGUA